AAUUCUACCUCCCCUUGCUGGGUUCUUCUCCUUCCCCGUUCAACCUUCAGGAGCCAUCAGUGCGCAGCGGCAGCUAAUCCAUCACUACUCCAGCUUCUUCCCAUUUCCAUGGCGCGGCGACGCGACAAACUUUGUCCGAAGCGCUCUUCUCGUCCGUUACGCCAUCCUCACGACAUGGGAGGUGGGGUGAGGCCGAGGCGCCGCGUCGUCGUGAUCGCGAGGCACGUGAGAGGCAAACAUAACGCCUCUCCUGUCGUAACGACGACGACGACGACGAGAUUCGGUACUAUAAAGUCCGCCGCAGGAGCGCAAUGUAGCAUGCUUCAUUACUCAGCGCUCUAGCAUUCGACUACCCUCUCUCGAAAGUCUUAUCGAUUCGGAGUGGCACUCACAGCACCACCUGUCUGCAUAUUUCCCCCGCGACUAGUCCACUCAUAUCUUAACUAGUCGUCGACUCCAACUGUUUGGAGUAGCUCUCUCGAGUAGUCGUCGGCGCCAUCAUGAGUCGCGCACUUCUCCUCCUUAUCGCGCUAUCCGCGUUAUUAGCAGCAGCCGGCGUGGCUGCGACUAAGCCCUCCGGCUCUGGCGGAAUCGCCCUCCGCGGCGGCAGCGGCGGCGGCGGCGGGAAAAGAGCCGGAGUGGCUAGUACUACUAGAGGAAGCGCCAAUGUAACCAGCGCUGCUGGCGGUGGGAAGGGCAACGCAACAGCAGGAGUGAAGCGCGGUGGCAAAGUCGGCGUGUUGUGCGGCGAGUGCAGCAAAGGAGGAUCCUCCGGCGGCGGCGCAUCUCGCGGCGGAGGAGGGGGCGGCGGUCGCGACGAUCAUCAUGGCUCGGGAGGGUCGCACGGUGGGUCGCAUGAUGACGAGUCGCACGGCGACGGUUCGUACCACGGGCGCGGGCGCGACGAGGAGCAGGAGGACGAGGAAGACUCGGAGGAGGAGGAGCAGCGAGGCGGCAGUCAUCGUGGUGGUGGCGACUGGGAUUCGGCGGAUGAGGAAUCCGAGGAUGACUCGGAUUCAGCCGAGGCUGACGACGAUGAGAGCGGUCACGGGCACGGAGGCGGGCGCGGAGGCUGGCACGGGCGUGGAGGCGGGGGUGGGCGCGGAGGAGGGCACUCGCACGACGAGGAGGAGGAGGACGAGAGCGAGGAGGUGGAGGAUGAUGGGGAGGAUGAGGAUGAGGAUGAGGACGAGGGUGGUAGGAGCCAUGGCGGUCACGGCGGGCGAGGAGGCGGGCGCGGGGGAGGGGGCAGCUGCGGCGGGCUGUGCGACCGUGGCGGGUGCAGCGCGAGCUCGGGCGUGGUGGACUACUGGAAGCUGCCCAAGUUCCAAGACUGCUCCAGCAGUGGCAGCAGCAGCAGCGCGCCGAGGAAGGGCAACGAGGGCUGGUGUGCGGGGGGGGCGGUUAAUGUGAAGGAGUGCUGCAGCAAGUGCCGGAGCACCAACGCCACCAGCGACGGCAAGCCCUUCAACUGCCGCCACUGGGUGCACAUCCCGUCAGCCAGCUCCCGCCACGGCAGCAGCAGCAGCAGCAGCAGCAGGCAGUGCGGCAAGUGCAUCCUGCUGCCUGCCAUCGACGCCCUCACGCCCGUGAAGGCCACCCGGGAGCGGUGCGGCAGCACCAACCACACCAAGGUGCGCGUGGGCAAGCGCUGCCCAUACGGCGAGAACGACCCGCACUUUCUGGGUGCGCACGGGACGCGCUUUGACUUCAACGGGCUGCCUGACCGCUCCUUCUGCCUCUACACCGACCGCCACGUGCACCUUAACAUGGCCAUGCGCGGCUACCUCGACUCCCGGCCCCUCCCUGCUGCUGCUGCCACUGCUGCUGCUGCUGGUUCUGUGGCCGCUGCUGCUGGUUCUGCCACUCCUGCUGCUGCCACUUCUGCCAGUGCUGCAUCUUCUGCUAAUGUGCUGGCUGCUGCUCGUUUCGUCAACGGCUCGGCUGUCCGCACGUGGAUCCGCCAGCUGGCAAUCAUGUGGCACGAUGGUGAGGGCAGCAGCAGCAGCACGAAUGCUUCUACCUCUUCUCACUCUCUCGUGCUCACAGCACGUGACGGCAAGCAGCAGACUCGUGGCUCAGAAGGCUUUCUUGCCUCGGCUACUCUCGACAAUGUGCCUCUCCCUCGCUUGACCCUUGGCCAGAGCCACAUUCUUUCCAACGGGCGGCUGAAUCUGUCCUUUGUGGGCCAGGAGAAGACCGGCCCGUACGACGUGGACGUGUACUCGCUCCGCCUGGACAAUCUCCUGGAGCUCGACCUGAAGCUGCGCGCCGCCCACCCUCUGUUGCAAACACCUGAGGACGCCCAGGUGCACAUCAACGUGAUGUUUGUGGACUCGAACCCAAGCGGGCAGGUGCACGGGGUGAUGGGGCAGACAUUCCGCAGCGGCAGGGAGAGGAGAACCAUGGAGUAUUCGAGGCUCUCUGCCUUGCUGCACCACCCAGUGUCGGUGGACGGGGAGGAGGGGAGGGGGUUUCUGGAUGGGGAGGCAGCGGACUAUGAGACGACUGGAGUUACGGCUGCUGACUGCAAGUUCACUGCUUUCAACGGGGGACAGCUGCCCCUGCUGGUGGAGUAGAAAGGAGGGGAGGGGGGAAGAAGGGAGGGGGUGAGCAUGAAUCGAGUGGAGAUGGAGAUCCAUGGUCAUAUGGUACCAAGGUGGGCAAGAAACAUGGCAAGCAGCUAACAGCGGCAAGUGUGGCUGAUGGCCUUGGAGUCAACUGCUUCACACCAUCCUCGCAACACAAGUGCACUCCAGCAGCCCCACAAGCUAGUGCCUGGUUGGUUUCGCCUGGAGCAACUGUUGGAGUCAACCAAAUCGGCCUAUAGGAGUCUAUCAAUCUCUGUUUGUGUACUCUUGUAAAUUUGUAAUUUACUACUGUUU